AUGUCCGUGGAGGAAGAUGAUGAGGCGUCGACAGUUGACCCAGACUGCAGCGAUGAAGAGGAUGAUGAUGAUGAUGGAGAGUUUAGUGAGGAGGAAGGAAGUGGAGGCGAAGGUGAUAGGAGCACUGCGCCGGCAGAGGAGUCGCAUGCGCUGGUUCCAGUGGUCAACGAAGGGGCUGCCACAACGCUGGCACUAAAAAACAGCACUACACACAAGGCUCAGUGGGACAAAUUCUGUCGGGAGGCAUUGUCACGCUCUAAGUUUCCUGCAGAGCUGAGCGAAUACUACAACACCAAGAAAACCGAGCUCUUCAACAUAUGGAUGGAUAGUGGAAUGAAUUGGAGCUCUUGCAAACUCGCAGUAGACCGACAAGUCUCCCAGCGCAACGUGGCCUCCAAAGGAUGGCAUGCUGUGCAAGGCAAGACUCUUCGCCAACAGUAUACCAGUGAAAAGUUCGAGAAGCUGAUUCAAGAGAGGCAGAAGCAGGGGUUGUGGUACGAGGAUGACCUCUUCCCAGGUGACCUAGAUGAAGCCUGGUUCUUUGUCAGGGUUGGUGAGAAAGUCAAGCAGGACAAUGAAACGCUUGAGAAGCUAACCCUCACCGCCAAAGCCGAUGUCAAUGAUGACAUGCGAGCCGCUCUCACGGAUGCUGCAGAUGGUGUGCUCCGGCCUGGCGCUUUGCCAUCGACGUCUGCCGUUGGGAAGGAUGGCAACAAAGCUCUCCUGGAUGCGCUUGGAAAGGCUGUGGCUAUCGCAAAGCCUAAAAGGUCAAAAGAACGUGAUGGUCUAGCAGAUCCAGUGAAGCCUCAGACCACCGAAGAAAAGCUGAGCAGUUACAUGCAAGACUUGCUUGCCCAUGCUGCUACUGCUAGAACGCAGUCCAUCAAGCUCUCCACAGUGGGGUAUGCCACGGAGCUGUCAGCCCAAUUGUUGGACCAUGCCAAAAAGCUAGAGGUUACGUUCAAGACAGGUCAGGACGCUUUGAAGAUCAAAGACGAGAAGGAAAUGACCGCUCUCAUCAAGAAGGUCGAUAAGCUCAUUGCUUUUGGUGAUCAAGCGAAGGCCAGCUACCGAUCAAACCGAUUCCAAACCAAUUCAGCUGCUGCUGCUGCUUUCCUGCGACCGUCGAGCAAGGGGCGUGCCAAAGCGAAAGCGAAAGCGAAUACGAAGACGAAGCGACGACGGCUUCCUCUUGAAUCCUAUGAGCAGUCUGCGACAGUGACAAAGCUGACAGACUUGAUUGGGAGAGGGCAAGUAAGCAUAGCAGCAGCUGCUGACAUUGCAAGAUGUGUGGUACGCAGCGCGGUGGAAAAGGUCAUCGCUGAGGUGUUCAGUUGGAGCAUGAAAUGCUGUUCCAGCGGCAUUGCUUACAUGGCCUUAGAGCUAGUUCCCUCGCCGUGGACUGCCGUUCCAGGAUUUCGCUUGGAAACCAUUGCGUGGGACUUGCUCCACAAUGUCUUCCUCGGCACAGGGAGGGACCUAGUGGCUAGUGCAAUUCGAGUUUUGAUCAGGGAGGGCAUCUAUGACCAUGUUGGAUCUUCUGAGCUGGAUGUUAUCCUCAGCGCAGUUCACGAGGAAAUCCGCACGACAUGCAAGCAGAACGGGUUCUAUCUCCCACCGAAACCGGUUUUGAGCGAAGCCAACAUGGGCGGUUCUGACUAUGCAGAAAUCGGUACACGAUACAAGGCAUCUCAUGUCAAGUGCCUAAUUUGGUGGGCUGCGCAGAAGACACGGCAGGUUGCAGAUGUUGCCCCUGACAACGUCCAACUUCAAGUUCUGGCUACGUGUUGCUGGGGUGUUCAAAGGUGCAUCGAAAUUUCCGACCACGCGGGCCUCAUCCUGGAUGUGAUCGAAGCAAAAGAAGCUUCCGAUGCCUUGCGGACGCACAUUCGAUGUUUCGCUUGGCUUUCGCUUCACUACCAUGAUCUGAAAACCAACCUCUUCAAGGUGAGGCCAAAGAGUCACUACAUAUGCCAUAUGGCAGAUAGCUUAGUUUCCUCAAGGAUGAACUUCAACUCGUUUCACACCUUCGACGAGGAGAGUUUUUUGGGAAAGAUAAAAGCGAUAUGCCAAAAGACUCAUGGUAGAACAAUGACCCAGAGGGUCUUUCAGCGUUACAGGCUUUGCUUGGCUUUGUUCUUGCACCAAAGCAGGCAACUUGAAGCUCAGCUCGACUGA